AUGAAAAGUUUUAAAGAGCAAAAUGAGGAUAAUGUUGAAACUUUUACAUCAAUAAAUAAUAACCUUGAUAUCCCCUUAUUAAUAAAAAAGCAAUUAACUUUAAGGGAUUUAAGAUGCAGAAAUAAGGACUUAAGUGGAAAACACGCGGAUAUUAAAAAAACCCUUCAAGAAAAGGAAAAUUACUUUAGUUUUAAGGAAAAGAUAUAUAAUGAAAAUAAAGAAAAACUGUUAAAAGAAUAUCACCAAGCUAUGAAAGAUAAUUACGAUAGACAAGUAAUUUUAAAAGAAAAAAUAAAAAAUAAGGAAAAAAAAAUAAAGUUAUACGAUUCAGAAAUUAAAAAGUUUAAACUCACCAUUGCGGAUAUGCAUGAACGCAUAAAAAAAGCGACUUACGACACCCUAGAAAGAGAAAAAUGCCUCAGUUUUUUAAGCAAGUUUAAAGAUAACUCAGCCGAGUUCGUUCAGUUAGAUAUGUUUGACAGAUUAGAAACAAUAUUUAGUUCGAGGGAAUUCUUAAAAAAGAAAAAGGAAAAGUUGAAGGCAAAGAUAAAUAUUAUAAAGGAUAAAAUAAAAAAUAUGGAAGAAAAGAAUAAUAAUAAGGAAAAUGAAUAUAAAAAUUUAGAACAAACGUCUGAAAAUGUUCUGAAAAAGGAAAAAGAAAUAGAAGAUUUGUUAAAAGAAAACAUAAAUGAACACAAUAAGAAAGCAUUACUUCUAUAUAAAAUAAUUUCAUGCAUUGAUAACUUCCUAUGUCGUUUUUCUUCAUUCCUUCCGGAGUUGCGUCAUUAUAACGUUAAAAAGGAUGAAGAGAAAACAAAUUUAGAAAAAAAGAACAAAUCUCAAGAUAUAAUGGAAGACACACAAUUCAUCGACACAGCCGAUUUUAACAACUUAGAGGAAGAAAUACUAAAAAAAUUAGACAUAAUCUACAAAUAUAUAAAAGACACUAUAUAUAUAAUUAAUAAAGCAAAGAAGGAAAUAUCACUAAAAGAUGACAAUUACAUGGAAACGAUGAAAAAUAAUUUAGAUGAAAAUAUCGAGUUUUUUACAUAUAAUGGCAAUAUUAAAGGAAAGAACAAUUAA